AUGUCAAAUACAAUGAACGGUGGAUUCAAGUUCCGACUUCUUCGCCAAAACCUGAACCUGCCCCUUCAUCCACUAGUCCGCUGCUGCAGCCCCCACGUCCAAGUCCCCAUCCCACCGCUCGCACUUCCUUUACCAUUCAGGCAAUACUCUCAAAUGGCCCCCAAAAAGCCCGUCAUCGCGGUCCUGUACCAGGCCCUUGCGCCGCCUAUGUAUGACGGCGUUAGCAAACCGCCCAAACCUGGUGGUUACCGAGAUUCUGGCUCGGAUGUCGCAUAUGCGCUUGCAAGAGAAGGUUUUACUAUUCUCACACCCGUGGAAAAUCCAGACCCUGCAGAUCAGAAUCAAUGGUGCUAUCCCGACACCGAAGAAGGGAUUCUAGAGGUAGUUCAGAAAGGGGCGACACACCUCUGGGCCAAUACAGUCCUCUUUGCAGAACAUCCGCUACAGACCUCGACUCGAUUGACGCCCUAUGAAUCCAAUUUGAAAGUCAUCGGCCAACCCCCAAUCUGCGCAGAUAGAUUCGACGACAAGUCAUUUACUAAUGACGAACUACGGCGGCAUGGAGGAUUUACAUUGCCCCAAUCAUGGACAGUGGAUGAUCCCCGGUCUGGUAAAGCCGAAUAUGCACUCCUUCAGAAGACCUUGGAUGGAACUCUUGCCUUGAUCAAGGAGAACGACUAUCCCAUCGUCGCGAAACCAGUGCGUGGCAGGGGGAGCCACGGCGUGAAAAUCUGUCGAAACCCAGCCGAUCUCCGCGAACAUAUUGCUUACCUGUUCGACGAAUCGCCCCGUGUACUUUUGGAGGAGUAUUUAAAAGAAGAAGAGGGUACCAUAACCAUAAUGCCACCCUCUGAUCGACGAGAUCAGCAUUGGGCAUUGCCUCCCGUCACUCGAUUUAACCAUGUUGAUGGAAUAGCUCCCUAUAGCGGCAAUGUAGCCGUGACGGUCAAUUCACGCGCUGUGACAGCGGCGGAAAUAGAGAGCGACUCAGCAUAUUCCAAUAUUAUGAGGGAAUGCGAGGGUGUGGCUGGAUUAUUGAAGACAACCGCACCACUAAGGAUCGAUAUUCGCCGAUUUGGGCCUGGGACUAAUUUCGCAUUAUUUGAUAUAAACAUGAAGCCGAAUAUCACAGGGCCUGGGCGGCCUGGCCGUGACGACCAAACCAGCUUGAUGGGACUCGCAGCUGGGAGCAUAGGCUGGGACUAUCCCACAUUUCUGCAGUAUGUGCUCGGAUCGGCACAGAGUCUGGGGAUUCUUCGGAACUAUAAGAGUGCCUUGAACUAUUGA